AUGGACAGCUGGAGAAGAAUAGACAUUGACCAAUACGACCCGGACUACCAGUACGAGGCGGACCCAAUUGACGCCCCAGCAUACACGGUGCAGCAGCUGGAGCCGCUUCUGGGCGAAAUCCGCGGCAGUAUCUCCAGAGGCGACUCCGUCGGAGCCAUCAAGCUGUGUGUUGCUGACCCUCCGUACGGGUCGGACGCCGCCGCAAAGACCGCCUACUUGCAGUCGGUGUUGAGCGUGCUGGUUUCUGUGAAACAGACCGAGAUCCCGAACAUUGUGAAAGGUCUGGACGUUGACGAAACAGACACCCUGGUGAAACUUUUGUAUUCGCUCAUGAGCCUCAAAGAGGGCCAGAAAUCGGGAGGAGCGCUGCUCGGAUGGUUCGACAAGGUGGUGGGGAUCGUCGGAGAACGUCCGAUUGUCAGUUAUGUGAACAGUUCCCUGACUUUGUAA